AUAACACUCUCCGUAAACAAGGUUACCCCAGAACAUCACCCAUUCUAUUUACAAAUUAAACCACCAAAUUCCAUACCAUACUUCAUUCUGUUGUUUCCCCUCUAGCACAUCCCAUUUCUCUUCAUCCCACUACGUUUUUGAAUCCUAGUAUCGUAAUUAUGGACGCCAUGGACCUUGAUAUUGAAAUGGAUGUUGACGUAGACCUCGUCCCUGACGAGCCGAUAAUUACCGAGCCUGAGUCCCAUAGUCAUUCCGGCAAUUUGUCUCCUGGCGAGAUAGUUGACGCAAAUUCACUGGAGCGUACUAUUGUUCCUAAUAAACUCCACAUCCGCGGCUUGGAGACCCUAAAUACUGAAGAAGUCAAAUCCUACGUACUCGAGCACUUCCCGGACUCACCAGUGGAGCGUAUAGAAUGGAUAGAUGAUUCUUCUGCCAACAUUAUAUUUAGCUCGGAAUAUAAUACUACUCGCGCCUUAAGUUCUCUAGCAAUAGAAGGUACCCACGACAGCGCUCGAUAUGUUCCGCAGCCCCAUUUAGUGGAACCAGUCCCUGCGAAGCCUUUUGCGUCAAGGCCCGACGUGGUAUUACGUAUACGACCAGCUCUUUCGACCGAUAAAAAACAGGCGGGUGCUGCCUCGAGAAGUCGAUUUUACCUUCUUAAUCCUGAAUACGACCCAGAGGAACGGCGGCGACGGAAUGAAGCUCGAAGAUACCGCGAUCGAGAUAGCGAUGGAUAUAAUCGCAGGCGAGUAAGGGAGGCGCGACACCAAGAUUCUCUCGACCGUUUUGACGUUAGCCUCUAUGACGAUGAUGAAGUUACAUUAUCUAACCGCGCCGUGCAAUCACGACCUCGGCGAAGGCGAUCAUUUACGCCAGAUACGAACGACGAUCGGCGCGAGUUGGUUCCGCAUCGUAAUGAAAAUCGCGGUAAGGAGCUAUUUCCCAGCAGCCCAAGCACCCGGGACGACGUUCGACAAGCGCGAUCAGCUUCUCCUAGUGACUGGGAUGGUAUCCGAGCUACGAAUGGUAUCUUGGAUGGUAGUGACGGCUCGGCGGAACGAAAUCGAAACACUGCACGUGCUAUGAAGAGUCGUCUGUAUCGCGCGAAGACUAGGGAGCUUUUCCCUGACACACUGGCGACAGGGAUUGGGCGUUUAGGUGACGAUGUUGAUGAUACGACGACUCUACUGGCAAAGGGAAUAAUGUUGCCUUUGAUGGAUGAGACCAGUGAUACACCGGCGGUGACGGGGCGGCUCGAAGACAGAAUUACGGUCCCAGGGCACGACAGAUUCCCGGGCCAGGCAUCGGGUACCGAGGACCGACAAGAAUUCAACAUUCGCGGUACAGCGACCCAAAGGAGUACUAACCAAGGCUUUUCGAUCAAGGGUAGUGCUGGCAGGUCUGCUAGAGAAUUGUUCCCCGAGAAACUUGGUCAGAAUGCCGGAAAAGAGCUGUUCACGGAUGGGCUCGAGAGAAGAACAAGGCAAAGGCAGAGAGCAGGGGAUCUAUUUGACUAAAGGGGGAGACGGGAUGGCCUUAGGGCCGUUGCACAGGCGCCAUUUUCUCGGUGAAUUAAAUACGGCAUCAUCGCGAUACUAUCCUAGAAGGAUAUAACACCAUGUGCUGUUGAACACUGUAAACAUAAUUUGUACCAUCAUAGACAGGGGUUGGGGGAUAAAAAUCCACGAUGC